GUGUACUGGGCUAAUCUUAAAGGUCAUAGAGAGGAUCAUAUUGCUCACAUAACCCUAAGAAAUUGUCAAGAGCGAUUAAAUAAAAAAGUAAAAAGCUUUGGGUGGGGUAUUGAACAAAAAGUUGAGUGUAUGGGUUUAAGUGCUCUUAAUAUCUGUAUGACAGUACCAUACUCUACAGUUCCCCCGUGGACUUUUGAGGACUUAGGGCUGCUGGAGGAAAAGCAGAAAACACGCUGCCUGUUAGACUCCAAGAGAGGUGCUCUGGAAGAGAUGACUGCAAGCAUGAUGAUGCUCAGGCUGUGUGGACUCCUUCUUAUAUGCUCAAGUCUAAUAGAUUCUAAAUUAGACAUCAUCAGUGGUGACCCAGAUAUUCAGGUGGGACAAGAGACUCUGCUUUUGUGCAAAGCUGAUUCAGAGGGAGAUUUUAGUUGGUUGAAAGAUGAUGAAGAAAUCGAUGAAGAUCGCCAUGUAGUCGAGAAAAUUGAUGAGUCCUCGAGUAAACUGAUCUUGAAGAAUGUUGAAUUAGAUGAUGCUGGAAACUAUACCUGCGUGUUUGAAAAUGAUCAAGGACAGAGGAAGAUUACCUACCAGAUCUACGUCUACCAAACACCGGACUUUGGCGACACAUCAGUGUACCAUGAAUUUCUGGUGAACCAGACAGUGGAGAUUCCCUGCGAGGUGUCUGGGCAGCCUGCGGUGGAGAUCCUCUGGUUUCGGAAUGAUAGCAUUAUUAAUGAUGACGGACGAGGUAAUCUCAGAAUCCUGUCAGAUAAGUCUCUGCAGAUUUCAGGAAUUCAGCAGGAAGACAGCGGAACCUACACGUGUGUGAGCAGGAUCAAGGGACGCCCCACAGAAAGGGAGCUCCAGAUCUCUGUUGAUGUUAAUGAGCCACCAACCGUCCUGAUUGACCAGGACACAAAAAGGGUUUUGGCCGGACCCGACACCACUGUGUCUAUAACCUGCCGGGUCAAAGGAGUACCCCGUCCAAAUAUUUCAUGGACACUCCCAUCCACCUCUGACGAGUCCCGUCACAAAUACAGCUCUGAUAAGAGUGAGCUCACCAUCUCUGCAGUGACCAGGAGGGAUUUUGGAAAGUAUGUUUGCAAGGCUACCAAUAAGAUCGGGGAAGACUCCGACACAUUUACUUUAGAUGUCUCAGGUAAAACAAGACUAUCUUAGAAAACUUCAAAUGAAGUCAUGUGUCUAUACUUUCUGAAAGUACGGAGGCAUUGAAUGUGGCAGCUGGUCUGCAUCCAUUUGUUUUUAGUCAAUAUA